CCUCAUUUCAUUAUAGGCCUAUACCCGUGGGACCCGGGUAGUGCUACCCAAGGUAGGAGGGAAAGAGGAAGAUGCGGACAGAGGGAGGACUCUGAAUAGAGCAAAAGGAGGUAACGGAUUGGGGAGGCGACCAAGGAAAUAAGGGAGGGUCAGGAGAGUUCAGUAAGGGAGACGACGGCAGAUAGUUUAAAGCAGUGGAUCUCCAAAGGAGUCUAUUGACAUUUCGCUGUCCUAAGGGGAAAAAAGCUGCACCCACCGGCUCCGCCCAGGCUGGGAGAAAAAGAUUUGCCCAAAAAAGAGAAAUUCUGACACCGCCCCAAUAGAUGACUGGGACGUUGGAGAAGGAGACAAGCUGAGAGAGAGAUCUGUGGGAAAAGUUCAUUCCAGCUACCCCCUCCUCCAAGUCUCCGCCCAACAUCUGCACACUCACCCCUAACCUCAUCCCCCACCCCUCCCUCAGGUUGCCUAAACUCUGGGGAGCAGCUACGUGGACUAGAGCUGGCCCUUUAAGGGCUAGGAGGUGCGCUGUCUCUUUAAGGCAGGUCCUUGUGGUUUCUGUUUUCUGAAGGAAGUGACGGGGGAUUGAAUGAAAAGUGCAGAACCGAGUUAAAGCGGGCGGGAGUUGGGGACCGAGGGAACAGCUGGGCUGGGGCGAGAUUGGCCAACCGACCAUGCCCUGGGGGCUCCUGCUCUGAUCCGCCACGCAGCUUCUCUGCUCUGGCAGAGUUCCCAGGCUCAACCCAUGUGCCCAGCGCGUACCGCUGGAUAGAAGCAGAGCCCCCCUCCGGGUUCUCGCUAUCCCCUCCCUGCCCCCAGCUCAAACUUGGUACCAACUUCAGCCAAAGUUUGGCAACUCCUCCUCCCCUGACUCCUUCCCCCGACCCGUGCGUCGGGGGUGAGGAGGGGGCCCACGGGGCUGAGAAGGGGAGCUGCGGGCUCCGCUUCUGCUGCCCCCGGGGAUGCGCUCCCUCGGGCGCGGAGUCCCGCAUCCUCCCCAGCUGCUACUGCUGCUGCUGCUGCUGAUUCCUGGGUUGCAGGGGCCAGCCGCGGGGUCCUCGGGACUGUCCGAGCUGAAGGUCAGAGUGCGGCUGCCAGAUGGCCAGGUGACGGAGGAGAGCCUGCAGGCUGACAGUGAUGCGGACUGCAUCAGCCUGGAGCUGCAUAAACCCGACGGGACCCUCAUCUCUUUCACUGCAGACUUCAAGAGGGAUGUAAAGAUCUUUCGAGCCCUGAUUCUGGGUGAACUGGAAAAAGGCCAGAGUCAGUUCCAGGCUCUCUGCUUCAUCACAAGGCUACAUCACAACGAGAUCAUUCCCAGUGAGGCCAUGGCUAAACUUCGGCAGAAAAACCCUCGAGCAGUCCGUCAGGCGGAAGAGGUGAGGGGUCUGGAGCAGCUCCGCAUGGACAUGGCAGUCAACUUCACCAAGGGAUCGUGGUUGAGCCCCCACAUCCAUAAUGUGUGUGCCGAAGCCAGAGAGGCCAUUUACACCCGGGAAGAGGACGCCAAGUUCUGGAUGGAGAGAGGUGUGGAUGGCUCCAUAUUUGAAGCCCUGCCGUCACCGCCCGCUGACCUCUCCAGCCUACGGCGCUGUAGGCAUGUGGGGGACCGAUGGAAACCUUGCCUCUGUCACUAUGGGCUCAACUUAGCCUGGUACCCCUGCCUGCUCAAAUACUGCCACAAUCGGGAACCCAGCGGCCGCCUCUCCUCCUACAAGUGUGGCAUUCGAAGCUGCCAAAAGAGCUAUAAUUUUGACUAUUAUGUACCCCAGAAACAACUCUGCCUUUGGGACGAGGACACCUAGCCUGGGUGGGGGGCACUGAGCCGGGGAGGGGAGAGGUGCAGUGCCCCCCUCCUGGGAGCAGAGGAAGGGGCCACAAUGCCUCUGCUUUCCUCCUCAUCCGGCUGGAACAAUCUCGGCCCCUCGCUCUUUGACUGUGAAAAGGGAGGUGGCUAAUAUCAGGGUUGACGUGAGAUCCAUCCCCCCUUCUCCUCUCCCCCUCUUCUUUGGGAGAAGGGCAAGAACCCACUCUGGACCCCUCCCCUUUACCAUGUUCAAGUAACCAAAAUGUGACCAUUUCUUUUAUUUUACUCUUUGAAGGCUCCCACCUUAAGGGGAGCCUGCUCUCUGGGGAAGAGAGGGGAAGUCUAAUCAUUCAAUUCCCGGUCUGCUCUGUCCCUCUCCCGCACUUAAAAGGAACUCGUCCUGAAGGGGCUUCUGUUUGGCACCCCCCACCCCAGCCAGAGCACUUCUGAAAGGCCAGGGGCAGGGGUUGGGGGUACUCAGAGGUCCCGAGGGAAAGAGGGGUGACGGCUGGAGAGGAUCACAAGCCAUAGCCCUGACCCCCUGGAAAACCAGGGAUAUGGGGGGAGGGGAGGGUGCCCAGGUCCCCGCCAUCUCCCCCCACAAACUGCCCAACCACAGUGCCUUAUCCUCCAGAUCUGGACUUACCAACCCAGCAGCAUUGCCAGCAGUCGUUUUUCCAUUUCCUAAGAGUAUUUUUGUAAGGAUCUGGGGGGCAGGGAAGGGCCGAAUUUCAGAUUUUUAAUGCAAAGUAUUUAUCAUUUGUACCAGAAAUAAAAGAAGUUUUUACUUUAUCAA